AUGCCCAGGUUCCAGGAGGCUGAGGGAGGCCAGGCUUCGACCUCCGGUGGCGGCGGUCUGGUUGCUAAGCGAUACAGCAUCCUGCAGAGUCUGGGCCGAGGGAGUUUUGGUUCAGUUUAUCUGGUGCAGGACGUCAAAGCUACAGACGGAGAAGAGCUGAAGGUGCUGAAGCAGAUCCCUCUGGGCGACCUCCGGCCCGACGAGACGGUCCGAGCCACUCAAGAGGCCCAGCUGCUGUCCCAGCUGCACCACCCGGCCAUCCUCAGCUUCCACCACAGCUUCCUGGAGCGAGACGCCUUCUGCAUCAUCACAGAGUACUGCCAGGAUCGAGAUCUGGACUGUAAGCUGCAGGAGGUGAAGCAGGCUGGGCGGAGCCUCCUCGAAAGCCAGGUCAUCGAUUGGCUCAUCCAGCUGCUCCUCGGCCUUCACUACAUGCACGACAGGCGGAUCCUCCAUCGUGAUCUGAAGGCCAAGAACGUCUUCCUGAAACGGAACCUUGUGAAAAUCGGUGAUUUCGGUGUUUCCUGCCUGCUGAUGGGGUCAUGUGACCAGGCGACCACCUUCACUGGGACUCCGUACUACAUGAGUCCAGAGGUGCUGAACCAGCAGGGCUACGACUCCAAGUCCGACGUCUGGGCUCUGGGCUGCCUCCUCUAUGAGAUGUGCUGUCUGACUCACGCCUUCCAGGGGCCCAACUUCCUGUCUGUGCUGAUGAAGAUCGUGGAGGGAGAAACCCCGACGCUGCCCCCUGCGUACUCUCCAGACCUGAACUCUGUCAUGCAGAGGAUGCUGCAGAAACAACCGUCAUGUCGACCGACGGCGGCUGAGAUUCUCCGGAGCAGAUUCAUGGAAGAAAACAUGCAGAAGAUGAAGGACCGGUUUGUCUUUGUGUCGUCAGGAGGAGACAAAGAUGCUGAACUCAUCGCCAAGAACAUGCAGAUGAAGGUUCACCUGCAGACGCUGAGGGAUCGGUCGGAGGUGGAGAAGAUGACGCCCAGAGAGAGAAUGAGGCUCCGCAAACUGCAGGCUGCUGAUGAGAAGGCCAAGAGACUCAGGAAACUGGCUGAGGAGAAAUACCAGGAGAUCCACACCCGCAGGAGAGAGCUGAGGAGCCGCCAUUUUGAAAGAGUCAGUCUGGAUGUGCUGAACGAGAGCGGAGGGGGCGGAGCCUGUCAGAGCUGGCCAAUCAGCAACCAGGAGCCAAUCCAGAAGCAGGACGAGUCAGAGGCAGAGCUGCCAGGAAUCCCGGAGGACCCUCGGGCCGCUGAAGCUUAUUACAACCAGGACGGAUUCGACUCGUGUUCGGAGGACGAGGAGUCGCCUGCGGAGACUCUCUACCUGUCCGACCCACAGGUCAGCGAGCUGGAGGCCAUGAUGAAGCACAUGCAGGACGUUCUGGACGAGGAACCGAGCGGAGACCCAGCAGCGCCGGAGGCCCCCCGGAGCCCACAGGGGCCCCUGAUGAUCAACAGGAGCCUGCUUCAGACCAAAGUCCAGCUCCUGAGAGAGUCCAUCAGUCGACGUCUGGGCUCGGAGGUUUUCCAGAAGCUCUACAAGAACCUGAAGGAGGUCAGACGACGCCGACGAGACGCCGACGGAGAAGACGAGGCUCCGAACCCGCAGGACGGACCUAACGAUGGCUUCCAGGUGGACCAGCUGCUGUUCUAUGAGGAGGAGCUGCAGAGGCUGAAGCAGGACGACAGAACCAGCUGAACACAAACACCGUCGCAGGUACGAGUUCAAAAUCAGAUCAGCUGUAAGAACAUCUGAAGACUGAGCAGCUCCAUCCCUGUUGGAGG